GCAUAGCUACAACUACGGCGCUGAACGCCUGAGUGUCCUUUUCGCGUCUCCACUUCGUUGACUCGCCUCUCCAGCACGCGGAUUGUCCGGAAAGAUAGGAUAACUAUCACCAUCAUUCACUACUCUGUAGUAAUUACUUCUGGUUAAGCGGUGCCCAGCGCCUGCCGCGGACGGGCACAUGGAGGACCCGUCGCUGCAAGCAGCGUUCGACUACCCAGCGCUGGAGGAGCUGGACCCUAGCCUCGUGGAUGGAUUCCAGCUCUUCUAUGAGCGAGAAGUGCCAUUCGAGCUACGCUCCGCUGUUGGGGUCGACCUGCCAACGGAGGUCGGGGCUCUGGAGGCAAUCCGCGUUAAAAUCCUCAUCAAGUCAGAAGGCGGGCAGCCCAAAACCAUACGGGUGGAGCUGACCAGCGAGUCCAACCUGUUUUUCCUGUACAUGCACGACCUGGCAGAUGUCACCUUCAAGCAGAUGCAGGAGACGCAGCGGCUGAUGAUUGAGUUCCCCGACUACCCCACGGUGCUCAUGCGCAUGCUGAACCAGUGCAUCCGCGAGCCGCACAUCUACCUGGCUGUGUUCAUCAUGCAGCCCACCGGCGAGGGCCGGCUGGACUUCAUCCAGAACAUGGAGUACAAGUUCGUGGAGCUGCUCAGCGUUCGCUUCAUGGCGGCGGGCGAGGACCUGGUGCGGGCGCACGUGAGCUACCGCUACAACGUGGUAAAGGCGCGGCUGCAGCUCAUGACGGCGCGCCUGGCGGACAUCAACGCCAUGGUCAAGGUCAAGAACCCGAGCUUGCUCCUGCAGCUGCAGCGGACGCCGCCGCGCUUCCCCGGCAUGCCGCCGCCGCCUCAGUCGCCGGCGCAAACGUCCAAGCCGUUCUACCCUUGAUAGGUGGAGGUGCGGCAUAGUGAACUCAAUUCAAAGGUGAACGAUAGCCUUCUUGUGUAGUUGUUUUUGGUGUCGGUGGAUUGGUAGGAGGUGGCUGAGGCGGCGUGAGGCGGAACGUGUGCAAGGUAGCCUACGGUUCGUGCACAUAAACGAUGGUCUUGAGCACAGCCCGACGCGCAUGUUCAUACUUUCAUUCUUUUAUAGACGUAGCAGCACAAGCAUAUCUUCUUAGAUAGCCUGAACGACGAACGAGUAUUUGGUUCGCGGGCAGCUCUGGGAGCGACAGCUCGCGACACAGCGCUUCAAACAGUGCUUGCACAUGAUUUAUUCCAUCUUGUAUAUGUGAACGAGUCAAAAUCCAUGAUCGACCAGCACUACCGGUGCUUGUACACCGCGCACCUUGUCAAGAAGAAGAAAACCUGGAUUGAUGGCUUCCUACAUGUAAGAGACGGCUCUU